AUGGUGCUGACUGAGAACAGUGCUUUGGACCAGAGAGAAGCCAUGAUGCCAGGUAUAAUGGGUUUUUAUCUAAAGAAGACACUCAACUACAGCCAGAUGCCUGCUGUCAGAAGACCAGUAGAUGUAGUAAAAGGAGCAAGAAACAGAAAUGACAUUGUGAGGAAACUUGUUUGGCCUGAGAGACAGUGUGAGGGGUCAUUUGGUGAUACAGCUAAAGAAGCCAAUGGAGAGAAGAGAGCAACAGGGACUGUGCUGAGGGGAGAAGGGGCUGGGGCAACAUAUCUGGGUCUCUUCUGUGGAGGGUACUGGAAACUGGAGUGUCCAAAUCAAGUGAUGGACUUUGUCCUCUUGAUCAAUGACUGUGGCAGCAUUGGCCAAAGUGACUUUAAGCAGAUCAGAGCUCUGAUGGACCAGUUUGAGGGCACCAACACCCUACCUGGGGCCUCCACUUGGCCUCCGCAAAUCUCGCUCAUGAAGUACUCGAACCUCCUGGAGAUCCACUGCUUCACUGCAUUCCAGACCAGCUUUAGCCCUCAGAGCCUGGUGGAUCCCACUGUCCAACUGAAUGAACUGACGUUCACAGCCACGGGCAUCCUGACAAUGGUGAAAGAACUAUUUCAUAGUAAGAAUGGGGCCUGAAAAAGUGCCAAGAAGAUCCUCAUUGUCAUCACAGAUGGACAAAAAUACAAAGACUCCCUGAAAUACAGUGAUAUCAUCUCCCUGGCUGAGAUAGUUGGCAUCAUCCGAUAUGCCAUUAGGGUAGGAGAUGCUUUCCAGGAACCCACUACCAGGCAGGAGCUAAACACCAUUGGCUCAAUGCCCUCGCAGAACCACACAUUCAAGGUGGACAACUUUGCAGCACAUGGCAGUAUCCAGAAGCAGCUGCAGGAAAAGAUCUUUGCAGUCAAAAGAACCCAGUUGAAAAGAAGUAGCUCUUUCCAGUAAGAGAUGUCACAAGAAGGCUUCGGUUCAGUACUCACAGUGGAUGGACCAGUUCCGGGGCUUUUGGGGAGCUUCAGCUGGCCUGGAUAUGCCUUUCUGUACCCCCCCAAAUAAGAGCAUGUGCACAUGAGGGAUUCUUACUUGGGUUACUCCACAGAGCUGGCCCUUUGGAAGCGGGUGCAGAGCCUGGUCCUGGGGACCCCCCACCAUCAGCACACCAGGAAAGUUGUCCUCUUCGCCCAGGUGUCUGGGCAAUGGAGGCCGAAGGCUGAAGUCACAGGGACCCAGAUCGGCUCCUACUUUGGGGCCUCCCUCUGCUCUGUGGACGUGGACAGAGAUGGCAGCUCCGACCUGGUCCUCACUGGGACUCCUCAUACUAUGAACCAACCCGGAGGUGGGGGGCAGGUGUCUGUGUGCCCCUUUCCCCGGGGGAGGGCUAGGUGGCAGUGUGAGUUCAUUCUCUGUGGGGAGCAAGGCCACCCCUGGGGCCGCUUUGGGGAAGCCCUGACAGUGCUGGGGAACGUGAAUAGGGACAAGCUGAUGGACAUGGCCACUGGGGCCCUUGGAGAGCAGGAGAACCAGAGUGCUGUCUACCUAUUUCAUUAAACCUCAGGACUGGGCAUCAGCCCUUUCACAGCAAGGAUGGCAGGCUGCCAGUUCUCCCCCAGGCUCCAGAAUUUGGGGCAAUCUCUGAGCCUAGGUCAGAAUGUCACCCAGGAUGGACUUGCAGACCUGAUUGAGAGGGCCCAGGGUCAUGUGCUGCUGCUCAGGUGCCUGCCAGGGCUGAACGUGGGGGUGGCCAUCAGAUUCAUGCCUUCAGAGGUGGUGAAGGCUGUGUACCAGUGCCAGGAAGAGCUGUUCACUCUCGUGGAAGCUGGGAAUGUCACAGUCUGUCUCACUAUCUGCAAAAGCUCUACUUCUGCUUUAGGUGAUGUCCAAAGCUCUGUCAGGUACAAUAUGACAUUGGAUGCAGGCUGUCUGAUUUCCCGUGCCAUUUUUGAUAAGGCCAAGAACUGGACUUUGACUCAAAGAAAAACCCUGGGGCUGAGGAAUCACUGUGAAAUCAUGAAACUGCUUUUACCAGACUGUACAGAGGAUGUGGUGAACCCCAUCAUUCUGCACCUCAACUUCCCCUCAUCCCAGAACUUUUGCCCUGUGCUGGCUAUGGGUUCACAGGACCUCUUCACUGCUUCUCUCCCCUUUAAGAACUGUGGGCAAGAUCUCCUCUUUGAAGAGGACUUAAAUGUGAUGCUGUCUUUUCUCCUUCAGCUUACAGUCUCUGGUAGUGAGGAGCUCUCUGGAGUCAAUGUGAUAGUGACUUUGUGGAAUGAGGGCGAGGAUUCCUAUAGAACUGUGAUCAACUUCUAUGACCCAGCAGGGCUGUCCUAUUGACACGAAACUGGAUCUCUGAAGCAACCUCAUCAGUGUCCACUGCACCUGGCAUGUGAGGCUGUGCCCACUGGGAAUGAAGAAGGCCUGAGGAGCAUCAGCUGUAGCAUCAACCACCCUUUCUGAGAGGGCACUAAGGGUACCUUCAUAGUCACAUUUGAUGCCUCCUACAAGGCCAUCCUGGGAGACAAGUUGCUCCUGAGGGCCAAUGCAAGCAGUGAGAAUAAUAAGCCUACAACAAGCAAAACUACAUUACAGUUGGAGUUCCUAGUGAAUUAUGCCAUCUACACAGUAAGCAGCAGACAGGAAGAAUCCACCAAGCACUUCAACUUUUCAACUUCUGAUGAGAAGAGCAGGAAAGAAGCCGAGCAUCGAUAUAAGGUGAAUAACCUGAGUCAGCAAGAUCUGGCCAUUAUUAAUUGUGUGGCUGUGUGAGAUGUGGCUAUGGUGGCCCCUUCAUAGAUUCUCUCCUGUGUGUCAGAGAUGGAACCUCUCCAGCAUUCUAACUUCUAGACCCAGAUUCCAAGGAGUCUUGACUGUUCCAUUGCUGACUGCCUGAGGUUCUGCUGUGACAUACCCUCUUUUGGCACCCAGGAGGAACUUGACUUCAUUUUGAAGGGCAACCUCAGCUUUGGCUGGAUCGGCCAGACAUUGCAGAAGAAGGUAUUGGUUGUGAGUGUGGCUGAAAUCAUGUAAUCGGUGUACCCUCAGCUUCCAGGACAGGAGGCAUUUUCGAGAGCCCAGGUAACCUUGCAUCUUCUGAUCUCCCAAUCAGAUGGAGAUGAUGAGGUCUAUGAUCCUAUUCUCAUUGUGGGCAGCUCGGUGGGAGGACUGCUGCUGCUGGUCCUCAUCACAGCCACACUGUACAAGCUUGGCUUCUUCAAACGUCAGUACAAAGAAAUGCUAGAUGACAAGCCUGAAGACACUGUCACAUUCAGUGGGGAAAAUUUCAGCUGGUCCCCAGAAGCAAGGAGAGCCAGGCUUCCAGAAAGGAACAUCUGGUUUCCCAAACUAAUACAGAAGACCCGUUAA